AUGCUUCACGAAAUCCUCCUCUCCCUCUCCGGGCACCCCUCGCCACUGCUCACCGCCCAGCUUUCCAACACCGAGCCCUCCUCCUCGUCCGCCUCCGCCUCCGCCCUCUCCCCAUCCGAGCGGCAGCUUCUCGCCUCAGCCGCGCACCUGUCCGACCUACACAUCAAGCUCUCCAAGCACGCGGCCCGCGUCGCCGCCUCGCACCCGUCCGCCGUGUGCCGGGCGGUGGCCACGGCCGUGCAGUCGGUGCACCUCGCCGCGCUGCGCCGCAAGGUGCUCGAGGUGGAGGCGGGCAUCCUGCGGUACGAUGCGGGCCUCGUUGGCGCCUAUGGCAUCGUGCCGCUGACGGCCGUCAUGGGCGAGUUCCAGCCGUGGACGCGCCGCCUCGAGUGGCUGUGGGAGGUGGUGCGCUUCCUCGAGGGCGAGGAUGACACCGAGGACCGCAGCCGCAGCCGCCCGUGCUGGGGUGCCCGCGCCAUCGAUCGCCUGCGCGCGGAGCUGCAAAGCGGCUACCACGACGUCCAAGAGGCCGCGCAAACGCUGGUGGCCGCCGCGGAGACGGCGUGGCUGCGACAGGUCUCCGCCUGGAUCUUCUACGGCCGGCUGCCGAGCGCGGACGCCGGCGGCGAGGAAGACUUCUUCGUGCACGCCACCGGAGGGAUGACUGCCGCCGCCGAGGGCGGCGGCCGCGAAGAAGAGGAGGACUACGUCGCCGUCGCGGAGCUGCUCCCUGCAUUCGUGACCCCAGCGACGGGCCGCUCCAUGCUCUUCAUCGGACGCUCGCUGAACCAGAUCCGCGCGCGGAGCACGACGCUCUCGACGGCGAGCGGCUUCCACAACACGGCCGCCAAGCUGCAGGCCGUCGCGGACCUCGUGUCCCCGCUCAGCUCGGCCAGCUUCACCGGCGUCGUCCGCGACAUCCGCCGGUCGCUGUCGCGGGACAUCCUGGAGCAGAUCCUGCCGCUGUCCGAGGUCAUGUCCACCAUGCAGCUCCUGCGCGAGUUCUUCCUGCUCGGCCGGGGCGAGUUCGCCACGGCCAUCACGCACGAGGCCGACGAGCGCGUCCGCAACCGCUGGCGGCGCGCGGGCAGGGACGCCGCGGGCAGCAGCAGCGUCGACAGCGUCGCGGUCAAGAGCGGCGAGGUGUCCGCCGCGCUGACCCGCGCCUGGGCCUCCCUAUCCUCGUUCGAGCAGCAGUCGGGCACCGGCGACGACGCGCUGCUCGACCGCGCGCGCGAGCUGCUCCGGCUGCAGCUCGUCAAGGCCCGGCCCGACAUCCCCGUGCACUCGCGACCGGGGCUCGUCGCGCUGCUCGCCGACGGGCCGCCCUUUGACGCGCUGCUCUUCUCCGCGCCCGUGACGCUCGCGAUGCGGCUGCCGCCCGCCGUCGACAUGGUGCUCUCCCCGUCCGACAUGCACGUCUACGGCCGCGUCAACGCGUACUUCGUCGCGCUGCGCCGCGCGCACGUCCGCCUCACCGACCUAUGGCGGCUGACCUCGCUGCGCCGCCACUUCCCGGGUCCGCGCGGCGCCGGCGAGCACGCGCGGGAGCUGCGCGAGCGCUGGUCCGCGCGCGCGGAGGUGCUCCGCGGGAUGUGGACGACGGCGAGCGCGGCCGUCUUCUUCCUCGGCGAGACCGAGGCGUACUUCCAAACUGAGGUCGUCGAGGGCCUGUGGCGCGGCUUCCGUGCUUGGCUCGCCGGCGAGGCCCAGCACGAGGACGACGAGGCGGCCGAGGAUGCUGUGCCCACCGCCGACGCAAUGGACAUUGGUGACGACGAAUACCACGACGACGAUGCAUCCCAGCAUCAACACGAACCUCGCCCCAUAGCCACUGCCGCACCACCGCCUGAAAGCCGUCCCACCACAAGCUCCUCCGCCGCCGCCACGCCGCGCCGCAACCGGCACGACCAGCAGACGCUCGCCACCGGCCACGCCGUGUACCUCGACACCCUCGUGCACCGUCUCCUCCUCACCCAAUCCACGUACACGCGGCCCCUGCACGCGCUCCUCGUGCACAUCGACCAGCUCGCCGCGCACGUGCACCGCCUGCACGCGCUCUUCGCCGCCGCCGACCUCGCCGCCGACUCCGGCGUGCUGUCCUCCUUCUCCUCGGAAGAGGAGGAGGCGGGGGCGACGCUGCGGCUGCUGCGCGCGGCGGCCGGCGGGGUGCGCGCGGCCAUUGACGAGGUGGUCGCCGCGCUGGAGGGGCUCAGCGUGGACGAGGCGUUCCUGCAGGCGUGGGAGGGUGAGGACGCGGCGACGGCGUGGUUGGAGGAGGAGCUGCUGGCGCCGGGCGAGGCGUACCGGCCGGCGAGGGUAGGCGGCCUGAACAGGUUGCUGAUGCAGCUGAAGUUUGGUAGUUGA